AAGAGGGCGGGAGGAUUCAGAUCUCUGGCUUCUGAUUGGUCGGCUCCGUGUGUCCAGCUUGCUCUCGUCAGAACGGAUCGUGUUGAUUUCAGAAGUCAUCAUGGCGCACUCGUCCCCUGGCAAAGAGCACACUUAUUGUCAUCUGAUUGACACCAUAAAAGAUGGCACCAUCAAAUUCUUCAACCCAGAGAAAUUAAACGAUCCAAGAUAUGACAAGCUGCCUCUCUCCAUCCGUGUUUUAUUGGAGUCUGCCAUUCGAAACUGUGAUGGAUUCUACACAAAAGAGGAAGACGUGCAGAACAUUUUGGACUGGCAGCAGCAGCAGAGCAAAGCCGAGGUGCCCUUCUCCCCAGCAAGAGUCCUCCUCCAGGACUUCACUGGUAUUCCUGCCAUGGUGGACUUGGCUGCUAUGAGAGACGCUGUGGCCAAACAUGGAGUGGACCCCGGCCUCAUCAACCCUAAAUGUCCAACAGACCUCAUAGUAGAUCACUCGCUACAGAUAGACUUUAGCAAAUGCGCAAUACAGAAUGCUCCAAACCCAGGUGGAGGGGAAGGAUCUCGGCCGUCCAGACCCCCUCCACGCUCUGGGUCUCAGUGUGGGGGACAGAAAGGCUCCUGUGGGAAGGCCUCGUGCAGUGAGCCCCCCUCCUCUCCAGGACGCCCUCCGACCUCCGUCCAACAGAUCGAAAACACGCCGCUCCUCUGUCCCUUCCACCUCAAGCCUGUCUCUGAGCCUGAAACCGCUUUGAAAAAUCAGGAAAUGGAGCUGAUCAGAAACAAAGAGAGACUUCAGUUUUUUAAGUGGUGUUCGAAGGCCUUUAAGAACGUGAACGUGGUUCCUCCAGAUGUGGGAGCUGUACACCAGGUGAAUCUGGAGUAUCUGUCCCAGGUGGUGCAGCUCGAGGGGGGCGUCCUUUACCCUGACAGUGUGGUGGGCACAGACUCUCACACCACCAUGAUCAACGGCCUGGGCAUCCUAGGCUGGGGAGUUGGUGGUAUAGAGUCUGAGGCUGUGAUGUUGGGACAGCCCGUGUCCUUAACCCUCCCUCGGGUGGUGGGCUGUAAACUGCUGGGCUCCAUCCACCCCCUCGCCACCUCCAUAGACAUCGUCCUUGGCAUCACAAAGCACUUGCGACAGGCUGGAAUUGACGGGAGGUUUGUUGAGUUUUUUGGACCUGGAGUUUGUCAGCUCUCUGUUCCCGAUCGGACAACCAUUGCCAACAUGUGCCCAGAAUACAGCGCUACAGUUAGCUACUUCCCCGUCGACCAAGUCACCAUCAAGCACUUUACAAAGACAAAUUUUAGCCCAGAAAAACUUGAAUUGUUUGAGUCUUACUUGAAGGCAGUGAAACUUUACAGAAGUUAUGAAGACUCGUCACAAGACCCUGAAUAUUCAGAGGUGAUAGAGAUUAACCUGAGCUCCAUGGUUCCUUAUGUGAGUGGACCCAAGCGACCUCAGGACCGCGUUGCCAUUAGCAACAUGAAGGAGGACUUCCAGAGCUGCCUUGAUGAAAAGGUUGGUUUUAAGGGUUUUCACGUGUCAAAGGAGAAGCAGCAGAGGACAGUCCCCUUCACUCACUGUGGGCAGGAAUACAGUCUGUGCCACGGCUCUGUGGUCAUCGCCGCCGUCAUCAGCUGCACCAACAACUGCAACCCCUCCGUCAUGCUCACGGCCGGUUUACUGGCCAAAAAGGCGGUGGAGGCGGGGCUUGUGGUUAAGUCUUAUAUUCGGACCAGUCUGGCUCCUGGCAGUGGGAUGGUCACUCAUUACCUCAGCACCAGCGGAGUCCUUCCUUACUUCAAACAGCUCGGAUUCGAGGUCAUAGGUUACGGCUGUGCCACGUGUGUUGGAAACACGGCUCCUUUACCUGAACCUGUAGUGGACGCCAUUAAACAGGGUGAGCUGGUGGCGUGUGGGGUGUUGUCAGGAAACAGGCAUUUUGAGGGACGCCUCUGUGACUGUGUGAGGGCGAACUACCUGGCCUCGCCUCCUCUAGUGGUGGCCUACGCUAUCGCAGGGAUGGUGGGAAUCGACUUCGAAAAGGAGCCUCUAGGUGUUACAUCUGAAGGGAGGGAGGUUUUUCUUCAGGACAUUUGGCCGUCCAGAGAAGAGGUCCAGCAGAUAGAGGAGGCCACAGUCAUCUCCUCCAUCUUUAAAGAGCUCAGAGGAAGAAUGCAGAAAGGGAACGCAUUUUGGAACCAGAUUGAAUGCUCCGAUUCAGUGCUCUUCCCCUGGGAUCACAAGUCCACAUACAUCCGGCCGCCAUCUUUCUUUAGUAAAUUGACCAAGGAGGUGUCACGGCCUCCCUCCAUAGAAAACGCUCAUGUUUUACUGUUCCUCGGAGACAAUGUAACGACAGACCACAUCUCUCCAGCAGGAAGCAUCUCCAGGACCAGCCCAGCCGCCAAAUAUCUGCAGAGCAAACGACUGACGCCUCGUGACUUUAACUCGUACGGCGCUCGCAGAGGAAAUGACGCUGUGAUGACAAGAGGAACCUUCGCCAGUGUAAAACUCCACAAUCGUCUGAUUGGGAAAACUGGCCCCAAGACUCUGCACAUUCCCUCAGGACAAACCAUGGAUGUAUUUGAGGCGGCGGAGCGCUAUCAGAGAGAUGGAGUCCCUCUCGUCAUUUUAGCUGGAAAACACUACGGCUCUGGGAACUCCAGGGACUGGGUUGCCAAAGGACCUUAUCUCAUGGGCGUCCGGGCCGUGAUUGCUGAGAGCUUUGAGAAGUUGCACCGCAGACAGCUGCUGGGGGCGGGUAUCGCUCCUCUGCAGUUUGAGUCUGGAGAAAACGCAGAUGUCCUGGAGCUCAGCGGAAAAGAGACAUUCAACAUCGAGCUCCCAGAAAAUCUGAGCCCCAACCAACAGCUCACUGUCAAGACCAGCGAAGGGAAGAGUUUUCACGUCACAGCACUCUUCGACGACCACACGGACAUAACCUGCUUCAAACACGGAGGCCUCCUCAGAUUUGUGGCUCGGACGUUUCUCUAAAAAAAUACUCAAAAACUCAAUGUCUCUGGAUCAUCACCAACCGUUAUUUACCAUAAAGUCUGAGGGUCCGUCCACACAAGAAAACUGCAUGACUAUUUAUGUGGAGAAGAAAACAUCUGCUGACAUGUUUCCACAACUGCUUAAAAAACAACUUGGGUUGCUCUCACACUAGGCCUUUUGAACCGUGUCGAGGUCAAGCACAUCGAGCCACGACCCGGUGUCGUCAUCAUACAGCACUGUUUGUUUACAUGUCGCACAGCAGUGCUACUGCUUUAGUAGAGAAGAAAAAAGGGGCAUGAAAUAUCUAUUAAGCCCUGUGUACACUGACUGCAAGUGCGCUACAGCUUAGAACUCACGCAGGUCCCCCAAGACUUAAAAAGUCAUUAAAAUCAUUGUGCCCGGCUACACUGACCAACGUGAAACUUCAUUGUUUUAGGUAAAUACACACCGCAGUUGUCAUAGUUAGUGUAACAGGCAAUCUGCAAGUAACACGGUCAAGUACGUACUGGACCCGACCUGCAGUCAGUAUAAAUCUGUCGUUAAACGGUGAGGUGGAUAUGAGUCCGACUGUGCUAUGGUCCUCUGUGAGUUUAUGGAUUAAACAACAGUGUGGAGCAGCGAGGGCAACAGGGGGCGAGUCUUCAGAACUUAUGUCUGUCAAGUCCUGACUGAAUGUGAGCGCAGACUCGCUGUGAGUUUUGGAGCAGAGUUCGUCCACUUAUCCUCUAUUCUUUCCACAUACAUGUGUGUACAUGUGUGUGUGCAUGAGCAACUGUGCUUUGGCCCACCUCUUCCAAAUAUGCCAAGCUGGGGCACGGUUCAUUUGCACUCAAACUGGACAAAUGUACCGCGCUCUAGGGGCUAUAGGUGCAGUUCGAUUGGGCUAGUGUGAGCGCACCCUUAGAUUAACGUAAAGAACACAUAUUAUGCAUUCUUGUGGUUUUAAUUUAAAUUUAAACAUGCUUUUGGUCACCUUGGAUUAAUGUCUACAUUUGGAAAACAGACUUUACAAAAUACACCUCCAUUCCCAAUGAGAUAUUUAAAGAGGGGGGAUUAUGCAAAAUCAACUUUUUGGAGCUUUGUUACAACAUUGUUCCUUCAUCAAAAACAUAUCUGAAGUGUUUUUAUACGUUAUCCGUACGUGUCAUCCUAUCCAGUGCUCCACCCACAAGCCUACAUCAUCAAUUCUCCCGCACGGCAAUUUUUCAUACAUCUACAAAAGCAUGAUACAAACAAUACACUACAACUUCACAAACCUGAUGCGAUGUGUAGUGGUUUCUUUAGUGGGAUGCACGCUGAUUGUGUUGGGAUAGCGCUCUGAAGGGGGACUGACUUUGCCUGGACUCAGCAUCAAAAACAAAACUGAAACUUGCUAAAUAUUUUAAUGUGUGAAUAUAGCUACCCAAACAAUAAAAAGUAACAUGGUGAUCUCAAUAUGUUAUGUGUUAGCAAUUAAUACCUCGUAGAAGUUUAAAAAAAAUUAUAUCUGCAUUUGGAAAACAUCCAAACAAAUAUAAACAAAUUAAGUCCUUAUCACCUGUAAAUGCUAUGCUAAUGGGGCUAUACCUUUGUUGUGAAAACAAUUUGAAUGCAAAAUGAGUCCAGUUUUGUCUAUGACGUAACAAAACGAGCAAAAUGUGACCAGAGCAUUUUUGAGUGCUCAGAGAAGAAGACUGAAAUAAUGAAUAAAUGAAACAAGCGUGUAUAAACUCCAGGUAUGUUUUUGAUAAGCGGACAGCAGUAUAACAUGGCCAAUUUUGCAUAAUAUGUGUUCUUAAAAAAUUUUGGGCAAGAUUGUCCAUUUGUUUUGCUUAUAUGAGUGAAGAUGAGGACCUUUCAAGAAUUACAAUCCUGCCUCAAAAUGCGACAUUGGUGCUCUAUACAACACAUAGCUAACCAGUCAAUGCACACAUAAUUUGCGUUUUGAAUAAUUAAUUUUGAUGUAAAAAGAGAAAAUAUUAUAAUUGGUGGCCUUACUGUAAUAAAUCAAGUAUGUCCCAGUAAUCACCAAAAUGAACAUCUUAUUUUCCACGCAUUUAUUUAUUAGAGCUUACUGUUAAUGAAACCAAUUCCCUUCAGUAUAAUUUCAGUCAAACCAAUUAUUAAAUCAGUUCAUCUUUAAAGCUACCAUCUGUAAUUAGUUUGGCCGACCCGCCCCUGUUGUAUUCUCCCGUAACACCACUAGAUGCCGUCUAUGUUACUGCUGUCUGUGGUGUGCCCACUUUGACCUGACAGAUGAAGACCAGAGAGCUCAGGUGAGACUGAACAAAGGACAGGGGAGGGGGACAGGUUUCACAUCUGCCAUCUACUGGUGCUAAAGUCAAAUGGCAGAUUGUAGCUUUAAUAGUGCACUGAGGACAUUUUCUGGUGGAAGCUUGUCUCCAUGGAUAUGUUAUUAUGCUUUGUCUAGAACAGUGU